AUGGAUGAAUCAAUAAUCAGCAAUAAAACGGAAGUAGAAGACGUACAAUGCAACGAAGUGACCGAACGAUAUAAUUCAUUGAAAAAACAAUAUGACAAUCUAGCAAGUAACUUCGAAGCUUUAAAUCAAGAAUUACACGAAACAAGACGUGGCUAUGAAACAGCUCUUGAAAUGCAAAGUCACGUUCGCGCUGAUUUGGAGUUAUACAAAGUGGAGGAACAAAAACAAAGAGACGACCUGCUAUCUAGCAUAACGGUGUUGCAGGAAGAAAUAUCGUCAUUGCGAAAUAAAAGAAAAGAAAAGAGCACAGAGUCAAGAACAACACCUGAAAGUGAUACUAAGGAGGUAGAGCAAAUCCAGUGCGAGUUAUCUUCAGCAACUUAUGAGUUAGAUUUAGUAAAAUCAGCUCUUGAAGAAGCGAGAGCUGAAGUGUUAACAUGGAGGUUGAAGUUUGAGGAAUUGAUGGCUGAGAUAAGGGAAUUACGCGAAGCAGCUGAUAUUCGUAAAGAGGAAAUAAAAAAUGCAGAAGAAAAAGAAGCUAUAGCACUAGCAGAGUUAGCAGAAACCAGGGCGAUGCUCAAUCAAAUUGAUUCAGGGGAUCAACCACUUGCUAAGGGAAACUCCAUAUUUGCUGAAGUUGAAGAUAAAAGACAAGAAAUAGCCAAGAAUCUUCUUCAAAUUAAACAAAGUAAUGCUAAGCUUCGUCAAGAAAUAGCCAACAAACAGACUGCUGUGGAGAUUCUAUUACAUGAGAAGCAGACAAUUUGGGAGGAGCAGGCCGGAGCCACAGCUCAUCACGAUCAAGAACUUAUCGAUAGCUACGAGCACCGCAUUACUCAACUUGAAGCACUUUGCGAGCGUCAACGACGGGAACUCUGUCGUUGGUUUGGGAAGAUCAGUGAUCCAACUACACCAGGGUGGCUUCCAGAGUUAAUUGAACAAUGGAAGCUUGAAUGCGAAAAGCUUCGCAGAGAUCUCUUAGCUCAAACACCUAUAAGAAUUUCGAGCGGGGCCCUAAUCCGAGAGCUACAAAGGAAAUUGGCACUACUAUCCACCGAUACAUUAAAACAGUCGCCGGCGCAGGACAAUAAAAAUGAGAUUAGUGUGUACAAAGUACCCGCAAAAGUGGAACCAAAGAAAUUAGAUGUUAGAAAGAAAGUUACUUUUAACUGA